UCCACCCUCCUUCCUCUUUUCUCUUGUUUGGCGCGCUCCUCUCUCUUCUCUCUCUCUUCUGCUUCACAACUCAAUCAUGCUGACGUAAUCAAUCCGAGAUUCACAGUUUCCGACGCCGUUAAUUCCUUCUUCAUCAUUUUCCUUUCAAUUCCACUUGCCGCACCGCAACUUCCCCCCUUCUUUCUCUUCAAGAUUAUGCACAUGUGAUUGACUGUUGAAAGAUGUUUGACGCUGGUUACAAGUCACAAUACAUGGGUAGCCAGCAGGACAAACUUUACAGGUUGGAAGUCUUUGAUUCUAGACUAUCUUCGUCUACUGAUGCUGGAGUUAAAAAAUCUGGAUUUAGUAUUGAUAAAUUAAGCAAUAGUGGUCAUGGAAGCUGCACAACCUCUAGGUCCUUUAAAAGAGGAAUGAGAAAGGGAUCUGAAGGGCUGAAAUCAAUUGGCCGAUCACUUGGAUUUGGGGUAUCUAAGGCAGUGUUUCCAGAAGAUCUUAAAGUGUCUGAAAAGAAGAUAUUUGAUCCUCAAGACAAAUUUUUGCUCUUAUGGAAUAAACUUUCUGUUAUCUCAUGCAUUUUGGCUGUGUCUGUGGAUCCACUGUUCUUUUAUCUUCCUGUCAUUGAUGAUCAAGCACACUGUGUUGGCAUAGACCGAAAGUUGGCAGUUAUAGCUACAACCUUAAGGACAGUCAUUGAUGCUUUCUAUCUUAUACACAUGGCGCUCCAAUUUCGUACUGCAUAUAUUGCUCCAUCAUCUCGUGUCUUUGGACGGGGUGAGCUGGUCAUAGAUCCGGCACAGAUAGCCAAGCGUUACUUGCAGCGAUAUUUCAUCAUUGAUUUCCUAUCUGUAUUUCCCUUACCACAGAUUGUGGUUUGGAGAUUUCUUCUGAGGUCAAACGGUUCAGAUGUACUUCCAACAAAGCAGGCCUUGCUGUAUAUUGUCUUGUUUCAGUAUGUUCCCAGAUUUUUCCGAAUGGUUCCAUUGACUUCAGAACUUAAAAGAACAGCUGGUGUAUUUGCUGAAACCGCGUGGGCUGGUGCUGCAUAUUACUUGCUGCUAUAUAUGCUUGCCAGUCAUAUAGUUGGAGCAUUUUGGUACUUGUUAGCAAUUGAACGCAACGACUUUUGCUGGCAGAAGGCUUGCCGCAAUGAUUGCAACAAAAACUUCCUGUAUUGUGGCAACCAAAACAUGGCAGGUUAUGCUGCCUGGAAGAAUAUAAGUGACAGUACUCUUAAGUUAAAAUGUGCUGCAGAUGGGGACAAUCCACCUUUUGAUUAUGGAAUUUUUAACCAAGCUUUGACAUCUGAUAUUGUUUCAUCAUCUAAGAAUUUCUUCUCCAAAUACUGUUACUGUUUAUGGUGGGGGCUGCAGAAUCUGAGUACACUUGGUCAGGGGCUUCAAACUAGCACCUAUCCUGGUGAGGUUAUAUUUUCUAUAGCACUAGCUAUUGCUGGACUCAUUCUCUUUGCACUUCUGAUUGGCAACAUGCAGACAUAUCUUCAGUCUCUUACCAUUAGGCUUGAGGAAAUGAGAGUGAAAAGGCGUGAUUCAGAACAGUGGAUGCAUCAUCGCUUGCUCCCACAAGAUCUUAGAGAGCGUGUGAGACGUUAUGAUCAAUAUAAGUGGUUGGCAACACGUGGUGUAGAUGAAGAAAACUUGGUUCAGAGUCUACCAAAGGAUCUGCGAAGAGAUAUUAAGCGACAUCUUUGUCUAGCUUUAGUGAGGAGGGUUCCUCUAUUUGAGAGUAUGGAUGAGAGAUUGCUUGAUGCCAUAUGUGAGAGACUGAAACCAUGUUUAUUUACAGAGAAUACAUACAUUGUCCGCGAAGGAGAUCCAGUUGAUGAGAUGCUUUUCAUUAUACGAGGUCGCCUUGAGAGUGUCACCACAGAUGGUGGGAGAAGUGGAUUUUUCAACCGUGGUUUUCUAAAAGAGGCUGACUUCUGUGGUGAGGAACUCUUGACCUGGGCACUGGAUCCCAGAUCUGGCUCUAAUCUCCCAUCUUCUACUAGAACAGUUAAGGCAUUGACUGAGGUAGAAGCUUUUGCCUUAACUGCUGAUGAGUUAAAGUUUGUAGCCAGUCAGUUUAGGCGCCUUCACAGUAGACAGGUGCAGCACACUUUCCGUUUUUACUCCCAACAAUGGAGGACUUGGGCUGCGUGCUUUAUUCAAGCAGCGUGGCGCCGAUAUUCUAAAAAGAAACUUAUGAAGCUUCGCCAGAAGGAAGAAGAUCCCGAUGAGUCAGAAGGAACUCAAAACAAUGCUGGUGGCACUUCAUACAGCCUCGGUGCUGCCUUGUUAGCCUCAAAAUUUGCUGCGCACACUCUUCGAGGCGUACAACGCAAUCGAAAUGCCAGGACUGCCAGGGAGUUGGUGAAACUACAGAAACCACCAGAACCUGAUUUUACAGCAGAUGAUGCAGACUAACAUUUCAUAUAUGACUCUCUUGAAAUGCUUGUUCACAUAGACCAUAAUGAUUGAAACUUGUGAAGAUAGAUCAAAAGCUAUGUAUUAUACAAUUGUAUUCCGUUUUGGGCUGUGAGGGUUGCAAGAGUUGUAACUACUGUGGUAUGUAAAUUAAAUAUUAAACCAACUUUGUCAUAUUAGGCUUGCCACAGAGCAUGUAAAAUGAUGCAAGUGUAUUGUUCUCAAUACUAUUUAUCAUGUUAUUGGAUGGCAGAACCGAAGGCUGGUCACUCCGUCUAAUUUGUCUGUCUGUAUGUCAUGGAAGUGAUAUGCUUAUGGACUUAUGGUUCUGUCUCACUUUUGUAAUUGACAAUAUUAAGAUGCUAUUUUAGUAUUUUCUGUCCAAA